AGUACUUGCUUGAUUGCUUCCACUCACUCAUAAAAUAAAGAUAUUACUCCGUAACUAUUAUAGUUGGGUUUGGGUGGCCGACUGGCCGAUAAAAAGCUUGUAAAGUGCCACUUUUCCCUACUCCCACUCUCUCUCCUCCUUAUAUUAUGCUCCGGUCAUUACCCCGCCCUCCAAUCUUUUCCCGUCCACCAAUGUCACGCUCCGCCGUAUCCCCCGCCGGAACCACCGUCGUCGCCACCACCGGAAACUCAAAAGCCAGGCUAAGAGGCGUGGUGUUUGACAUGGACGGCACUCUCACUGUUCCAGUCAUUGAUUUUCCGGCAAUGUACAAAGCUGUUUUGGGUGAAGAACAGUACAAUUCAAUGAAAUCACAGAAUCCUUCUGGAAUUGAUAUUUUGCAUCAUAUUCAGACUUGGAAUCCUGUUCAACAGCAGAAAGCUUAUGAAAUUAUCGCCGAUUUCGAGCGCCAAGGUCUUGAUCGUCUCCAGAUUAUGCCCGGUGCGGCACAACUUUGUGGUUUCCUCGACUCAAAGAAAUUAAGGAGAGGACUUAUUACUCGGAAUGUCAAGCCUUCAGUUGACAUAUUUCAUCAAAGGUUCGGGAUUACAUUUUCUCCUGCAGUGAGCAGGGAAUUUCUCCCCUGCAAACCUGAUCCAGCUCCCCUAUUACAUAUAUGUUCGAACUGGGAAGUUCAACCAAAUGAAGUGAUUAUGAUUGGUGAUAGCCUCAAAGAUGAUGUAGCUUGUGGGAAAAGAGCAGGAGCAUACACAUGCUUGCUUGAUGAAACUGGGAGGUAUGACUCUCCUGAGUUUGCUUCAGUUGACCACAAACCAGAUUUUAAGGUUUCUACUCUCACAGAAGUUCUGUCAUUGCUGGAAACACAUUUUGACUUGAGACCAUAAUGGGCUUGAGCCCUAUGUCGAGUAAGUUAACAGCUAAAUUGCUUAAGCUGUGUGCUUCCGGCUACAAAAAAUUAUUUUAGCUGUUUGAAGGUUCUCACAUGAGCAUCUUCAAUAUCCGAGGCAAUUUAUAGAAAUGGAUACGAAGUGAUUGUGAUUGAAAUUGAAGAAUAUUGCCGCAUUCAAACUUGGCAUUUCUUCGUAGAUUAUGAUACUCCAUACUAAGAACAUAUUUUCUGUCUUGUCUAGAUUGCUAAAUAUGUGCUUUCAUAUUUGGGCGAAAAAUUGAGAAAUUUCCUAAUAUUGUACUUUGUGUGAUAUUAGAUUUGCUGUUGCAGGACAUUCCUCCUGGAUUCUUAGUUAUAUUGGCAGCUUGAUUUGUGCAUAUCAUAUUGAUGACAUUCAGAAUGACAAAGGCGCUCAAACAUGAGAAUUAUUUA